UAGACUCGCUGUUCCGCUCGAGCCGGCGUCCGAGUCAGUGUGCGCGUUGCAUACGUGCUGUACCGUGCCCGCGCCGCGCUGUGCCGUGCCGUGCCGUGUGCGCGGGAUUAGGAGAGUCGCAGCAGUAGGCCACCGGCGCUUGACGCCUCCGCGUCUCGUUUUACGGCUCGCGCGGCUCCGACCUACCGUAAAAACCAUGUUGCUCGACCCGCUGACGAAUAUCGAUCGCUAGCAUCGAUCGGUCACCGAUUCACACGUGUUCCCUCCGCUACUUGACAUUUCUCAAACUUGCUUGCUCCUGUGAGUUCUCCGACCCGAUCAACGGAUGUUGACCAUUUGGCAUUUGGCGCAGUUUUGCGUUGACUCGCCGCGGUUUCAAACUGUGAACGAUCGCGUCGCGCGUGUUCGUGUUUCCAACCUGUUUCGUAAGACCGAAGGAUUUUAAUCGUCGUCUGUCAGUUGAAGAGAGAUCGAGAGAGAGAGAGAGAGAGACUCGCUCUCUGAAGAUCGAUCGCGUGACGCGAGAAGCAACUUUCGCGCCAACAAAUUGCCUUUAAACCAUCUGGAAUCUUUGCUACGCGAGAAACAUCUCUGACCUUUGAGAAAAUUCGCGAGACCUUCUCGGAAAGAAACGAAGCGAAAGUGUCCCACGUUUCGGAGUCAUCGCGCUUCUGAUACGAGUGAAAUGAACUUUAAAGAUCCUUGGAAAAAGUGAGUAACCAGCGAGGAGGCGAACUCGAAGCUGUUCGAUCGAACAGUAAACUGAAGUCGAGCCGACCGUGAUUGCACGGUGUUAGGUGCACUAACUAUCGGUAUCGGUUCCUCGUCCUGGCAGAGGAAACGGUUGCACGUGGAGAACAAUAUUUUUAAACGGGAACAGAGACGUGUAGAGUUUUAUUCGAUGCUGUAGCAUUACGGUGCACAGGAGCGGGUAAUAUCGGCUCACGAUGUUCACGACGAUGAGAUUGCGGAACGAUUGUUCGAGUGGGUAACCGCGAAUUACGUACUGUGUCGGGGGAUUUGUGACUGGCCUUCUGACAGCGUUGCAAAUGUGCGAGUAACGGAGAACGAUCUCGACGUAAUAUCUGUAAACGUUCUGCAAGGGGGGCAAAUGAUGUCGAUGACUGAAAACUGACUGUGAAAAACUUCUGCUGAUUUUCGUCCUCUGGCGGGAACGAAUAGGAACGAAGCGAAAUUGCAUGAUAUUGGACCGGAAUGACGAAUCGUUAAGUAACGUUGAAUCGGUAGAAAAAGAACAGGAUGGUUUACAAUCCACGUGCCAACAAACACCGUGCGUCUGAUAAAUGAAAGAACCCCGGUGGAUCUAAAAGUUCGCGCGAGGAUACUUUUUCUAUUACUUAUUGAAAUACGCGUCCGUCUUUUUAUAGCAGAACUAUUAAUAUCGCAAGGAAAUUAUGAAACGCUCGAAGAUCAGUUCGAUGUUUACGCGCGAGCGGGUCGGGAAGGAACGAGAGGAACCGGCGGCGCCCCCGGCUCGCGAAAUACCUUCGUAACCGACGAUGACGCGCGUCGAGUAGUUAUUUCGGAUGUACAUCAUCGAGGAAGAUAGUGGGGACGACGGCGGAUGCCGUCUGAUCUCCGUCCGUCAGUGCGUCGACGCUGACGGAGCGCGCGAGACGCCGUGCGAGACGGAAAGCCGGCGGCCCGACAACGAGGACGACGUCGACACCGCCAGCCUGCUGGAUGUCAAGUGUUUCCCACGUGUGCACAAGACGCCGCACAUCCUCAAGAAGUCCGCCUCUCUGGAGGCGGAGAAGGGUCACGAGUCGAAGAAGGAUCAGUUCCUAAAGUGCUCUCGUCGCGUGGACGCGCGGUCAAGCCGGUCGGCCGUCGAAUCGGUCGCGUCUCGUAGCGAGGAGGAAGAGAUCCUUGUCCUCGGGAAGGACAACGAGAAGCUCGUCGGAAUUUCCGUUCGGUCGUUGGAAGUGGUGGAUUGCAAGAGCGUGUACGACGACCAGGGAUACAAAACCACGGUGAAUUUCCAGUACAGGGAUACUCUGACGCGAUCGUGCAACGCGUCACGGCUCGAGAGAGCACGCGGCUUGAAGAGAAGCGUGUCCGCGCCCGGGAACGGUUCCUGCCAGGCCUCAGGCGAGAAACAGGAUACCUCGUCGACGACCAAAGACAGUGACAGCCAAAGCAAAGACUCGGAGGAUCGGAGCAAGGAAACCAAAGACUUUGCGUUCGCGAGGAGGAGCUCGUCGAAAAGCGGAACGGACGCCAGCGGCCAGUCGACCAGAUACCAACGUUCGAGGGCCAACAGAUCGCAAACGACGGAGUUCGCGACGAAGACGGAACAGUUGAUCGCGAGACGCGGCCAACAGGAUUAUCCAGCGCGAAGGGCGAGAGCCUCCUCGUUCGUGAUCGAGAGGAAGAGGCAUCGCCAGGCUACAAUUACAUCCUCGAGGUCCAGCGAGGAUCUGUCGAGGAUCUGUUCGUUGAGCAACAACGAGACGACGGAGGCCGAUGGAAUGCGGAAUUGCAACGGCGCGGUGGCGGGCGUCGACGAGAACGAAGGAUGCGUUCUACUCGGGGUCCGGUCUUUGGAGGAGAGCCCCCAGCUGCCUCUGAUCCCGCGACAGGACGACAGGUGUACCAGAAGGGACAGGGAGCGUGCUAGGAUUCUGCGACGCAGAAGAAUCAACGGGAGAUCGGCCUCGGUGCCUAGGGUACACAGACAUCUUGACAAGGGGAGCGACCUUGCCGAGGCGGCGAGUGCGAGCGGACUUCGUGAACUCGCGAGAUCCUUGAAGCAUCACCUUCGAGGAUUCGGUUCCCGACUAGAGGACAGGCGCGAGUAUCUCGAAGACACGUCGAGAUGUUGCCUGCUUCAAGACCGGGCGUACGAGUGGGCCCAGGAGGCUCGCCUCGCUGGCGAACGGGGAGCCCAGCAGUUCCUCAUGGCCAGGCCACCCUUGCCUCCCGAGCAUUUUACGGAAAUGAUGGCGCUCGCCGAGAAGCUCGGUAACGAGAUCCUUCUGGAACAAUGCCGCAUCGCUAGGAACAAGUGCGCGGAGGCGCUCGAGAUGGCGAGGACCACUUCCGCACCUGGCAGCCCUGCCAGAAGGAGAUCCUUCGCAGCGUCGGAGUCUGCCACCUCUUGGGAGGACAGUUUGACGAAGAGAACUUCGUGGGAUGACAGCGACAGCAGCGCGUCGUACGCUUGUCCCAUGGAGAGCGUAGGAUCGGCAGGAAGCGGCGGUCGCCCGGUACUGGACAAUAUCGCGGAGCUUCGAGAGAGCGCCGAACAGCUACUCGAUUGCUCUCCGCCGCGAACGCCACCCCGAAGCCCUGCUCCACGACGGCUGGUCAAGCCACCGGUGAACUCGCACCUUCACAGAGCAGCCAGCAUUGCUCCUGGAAUGAAGGCGAAAAAAACAAUACUGCUUAUAAUGAGGGAAAUGAUACAGACUGAACGAGACUACGUGAAGUCCCUCGAGUACAUAAUAGAGAAUUAUAUCCCGGAGCUGGUGCGGGAGGAUAUUCCUCAGGCACUCAGAGGACAGCGCAACGUGAUCUUUGGUAACGUCGAGAAGAUAUACGAGUUUCACAGUCAGCAUUUCCUACGGGAACUGGAACAGUGCGAGCAGUCGCCGAUGAAUGUGGGACAAUGCUUCCUCAGACACGAAAAGAAAUUCUACCUUUAUGCGCUGUACAACAAGAACAAACCGAACUCGGAUUCCCUGAUGGCCGAGUAUGGCACCGCGUUCUUCAAGCAGAAACAGCUCGAGCUCGGUGACAAGAUGGACCUCGCCAGCUAUCUACUGAAGCCGGUUCAACGAAUGGGAAAGUACGCGUUGUUGCUGCAGCAACUGGUGAAGGCGGGCACCGAUCUCUCGGAACAAAUGUCCGGCAAAGACGAAAAGGACGAGAAGGACGAUGGCAUGAAGCCGAUGGUCGAGGGGGAGGCGGACUUGAGGGCGGCCGAGCAGAUGGUACGAUUCCAACUACGUCACGGAAACGACCUGCUGGCGAUGGACUCCCUUCGAGAUUGCGACGUGAACGUGAAGGAACAGGGUAGGCUGCUUCGUCAAAACGAAUUUUUGGUAUGGCAGGGUAAAGGGAAGAAGUGCCUGCGACAAGUUUUCCUGUUCGAAGAUCUUAUCCUAUUCAGCAAAGCGAGGAGAUUCCCCGAUAGGAAGAAUCUCGAUAUCUACAUUUACAAGCACAGCAUCAAAACGACGGACAUCGGGUUGACCGCCGUGAUCGCAGACUCACCUACGAAGUUCGAGAUUUGGUUCCGCAAGAGGAAGCCAGGCGACACGUACACGUUGCAGUGUGCAAGCGAGGACAUUAAGAAAGCCUGGACGGAGGAACUGAGCAACCUUUUAUGGAAGCAGGCGCUGCGAAACAGAGAAGUGCGCCUGGCGGAGAUGUCGAGUAUGGGCAUCGGAAAUAAACCUUGUUUGGACAUUAGGCCUAGCGCGGAUCAGAUCAAUGAUCGUUCUAUCAGUGUAGCUCAACUCUCGAAAACAGCACCUAGAUUUAGAAACUCGAUAGCAGUAUCAAUGUCAGAGGACUCGGGACGCUGUAGCAGGAGGCCGCACAGUGUAAUUUCCGUGAGUUCGUCAUCGAGUAGCGGUGGAAGUAGCGGCCCUCCGACAACGCUGAAUCUCGGCUUGGAUACAAGUCCUCGACCUCAUCAUCGUAGUACCACGCUCAACAGUCAGUGCAGUGUUGAAAGCGGCAUAAUAGCCGAUAUCUCGAUCGUCUCGGAUGAUGGUGGCGAUGGAACUGAGAGAAGUCACUGGAACUCGACUCUGGAAAGUCCAACGUCCCAUCUACCAACGACAUCGACGCCUCUUCAAUCACCGACCAGCGCAACCGCGACAGCAACAGUUACCUCGGCUUCUUCGUCCGACACGAAUCUCACUCCUUACGACCAAGACAUGUCCAUUAAUUUAUAAGUGCCACCCCUGAAAAGGCCGGCACGGCUCUGAUAUAAAAGAGUAUAUAUUAUAUAUAUAUAUACGUGUUGUCGAUUCACUUGCAAGUUGUCUUAUAGUGAAUACCGUGUGACUCACUCGAAUUACAUAAAGUUUUUCAUUGGAAAGUGGCAACUACCACGUACGUACAUACGUGUAACUGAAUAGAGAGUACUAGAGCGCGUAUUUUUCUUGGGCAAUCGUAGUUCGAUGAAUGACCGCGAACUAUGAGACGACAUGUAACAACACUGUAAACAAACAGUCCAAUAGAUCGCUGCAUUACGCUUAUCACGUGAGUUCCGUAACGAGCGUUCAUUGCAAAAUAUUUCAAGCGAAUUCUGUUCUGUGUGGCCGAGUUCGCAAAGAGGCACACAUACACAUACGCAGAUACACACGAAACACUCACGACACACCUUAUGUCCCGGACAAAGAGCUCAACUUUCAAGUGAAUUUAUCUUUUGAUACGCUUCGAAUUUCAUUAAAUCUAGGCGAUCGCAUAUAUAGUUGUCACGUCUGAAUUUUAUAAACCAUUGAUUUUUCAGAAGUAACGGCGACGUGUAUUUUCUUAUACUAUCUCCUCGAAUCCACCAACGUGCUCAAGAGAACGAUCACAGAUACAGAUGUGUUCCGACAGAAUCUAUAUGUGUAUGGCUGCAUGCUUCACAUUGUGCUGCAGUAUCGUAAACAGCAUGCACCGGUUGCCAUUAACUCUCAUUAACAUUGGCAUUCCUGAUCAAUCAGCGACUGAGAAUAUUAUUUUGAAUUUACCAACCGUUCGUCUAUGGUACUUUUAAACUUUAUUUAUAUAUACGUAGUGAAUAAAUAUCGAUAUUCCAUGUCCACGUUGUGUUCGCGCUUACUACGAAAUGUUAAGUAACGUCGCAGAUCGAGAAUGCGAAGAUUAUGGUUUUUUUUUUCUUUUUCUUUCUUUACUUUUUCUUUUUAAUGAAACACCUGGAGGCUGGUUCUCGUUUCAUCUUCUCUUCAGGUAUUCCAUUAGCUGCCCAGAUCAUUGUUGAUUUCCUUGUCGAAUGCGUUUUCGACCACAGCUGAACGCAUCCCUUCAGGAAUGUCAAAACAAUGCGCACACAUACAUACCACUUUGUAAUAUAAUGUAAUAUUAAAGGUUUAUACGAUAUAGCCGCAAGUAAUAUAAUCGAUAGUCUAAAUAUUAUUUCCAGAUUAUAUAUUAAAUAUAUAUAAUAUUAUAUUCUUUUUAUGUCA